AUGGCUUCACCUCAGGCUUCCGUGUCUCCCAGCUCUUCUCCCGUUGCUGAACUGAAUGCCACCGCCGUUACUAGUGGCGCAGGCCAGCGUCCUACGAGCGCAUUUACGCUGGGUCCCAAUGGUGUUCCGCGAUUGAGCUCCUUCAAGGGGAAUAAGGCGACUUUUGGCAUCUCCAACAGCAUUCAUGGUGCAAAUCCCGCAGGCCAAGCCAGAACCCGUCCACAUUUAGGUAAACACAGGGCCGAAGAUGAUGGAGAAGAUGCCAAACAGGGCUGCGACCGUCGUCCAACCAAGAAAGCAAAGUCUGCGCACGCUGGUGGCCCAGUAUCUCUUGGGCAGAAGUACACAGAUGAGAAUGGAGACUCCUCCAUCGAGGAUGCUCCACUGCAGAAGAAAGAUGGGACUGCAUUGCAGCGACUCAAUGCUUCCAAGCGCAAAGUUGCCCGAACCAAGUCCAGCAAGAAGCCAGUAACAGAUACGCAAACCAUUGCUCGUCCAGCUCCUGUAAACCAACCCAAGGAAGAGGCCACAGAGGAAGACUCUGAGAUGGAGUACCUCCCAGAGCAAGAUGACGAAGAGUACAGCGCUCUUCAGUCCACAGGACCAGUCCCAUCUAGGCCAAAAGUUGCUGCCAAGGGAGCCAGGAAGCGGAAAGCUCGUGGCCCUCGUAGCUUCGUGAGGACGCCCUUCGCAAUGCCACGCGAGGAGGGUGGCCCGAAGGACAUCUCAACAUGGAUGGCCCAUUUCAAGAAAGAUAGGCUCACCGAGGCCAUCAAAUCGCGUGAUUUCUGGGAUGAACUCGUAUCCCGAUUCCCGAGCCCCAACUGUAGGGAGAUGGCGGAGGCCUUGGUGAAGUGGGACAUGGCCUUGUUGAAAGGCGAGAUCCGUGAGGAGAUCGAAGUCCACGGACCAGAUCAUAUCCACGCGGGCCGAAAGGAUGGAAAGUCUCUUGCAGAAAUGCUUUCGGAACUGCCGCCGGAUGAGGAGCCAGAGGAGGAGGAGGAGGAGGAGGAGGAGGAGGAAGAAGAAGAUGAGAUCAUCGAGGAAACAAUGCCUGAGCCCAUCGAGGAUCUUGCCGAGGAACCCAUCGAUCCGCCAACUCCCUCUAGUGAGUCUAGGGCUCAGCAAUAUCGGAGCGGCGAAGCGCCACACUCUCGGCCCCUCCCUUCCAAGCGCCCCAAGCCCAACGAGAUCAGCGGAAAGCAGAUGAUGAAGACCGUCGCGACCGGUCGCAUCGCUAAGAGGAAACCCCCGCCCUUGUCGGUGAUUGACGGGAGUAAUUUCCAGUCCGAACGCGUCCUGGAUCCAGUACGCUGGCUGCAACGCUGGAAUGCCAAAGAGAUCGCCAAGGAGGAUGCCCGAGAAGAGAGGAUGAAGGCCGCCCGAGAGCAGAGGAUGAAAACCGCUGCGGAAAGUCUCAUAUCUGAGAAGACCUCCCCACCUAAGGUGGUGGACUGGAAAAAAAUGCAUCCGGUCAUGAGUCCAACAGACUGGCUGAGUCUAUCGAACGAGGAACUGCUAGAGGCUGCGAGCAAGCGCCUUCGCAAAGAGUUGCUAGAGAAGCAUUCACAAGAAGAAUUGUCAUACGUCCUAGCGAAGCAGGAACUCGAUCUCCGGACGAAGUGGGCGGAGAAGACGCAGAAGCCUACUGAUAUCAACACCGCCGAACUUAUGCAGCGCCAGUAUGACGAGGCGAUAGAAGCACGGGAAAAGUUGAGGGUGGAAGAGGCUAAGAAGAUCGAUAACUGGCGGCAAGGCGUGGACCUUGUCCCAAAGGAAGACGGGAGCGAUGACCUCGAGCAGCAGAUGGAGGCCGCGCUCGCAGGAAGUGACAAACCAGAGGAGGAAAAAGACAGCGUGGACGCGUUGUUCGAGGACUCGGAAGAGGAGUAG